CAAGAAGGCCUUGAAAAAACAAAAAAGAAAAAAAAAGAACAUAAAACAUAAAAAAGCCGCCACAAAUAUAUUCAUGGGUGAUUUAGUACUCAUUCGAAAUUACCUAUUUGCCCAUCCAAGCCUUGUGUAUUUAUAUAGAAGAUCCCAAUUAUUAGUUUCUUACCAGUGACAGCCUCCUUCUCUAGCUCUCUGUCUUUCUUUGACCACUGAAUACUCUCUAAUUAGACAGAGAAGGAAAGGAGAGGCACAAAAAAAAGUAAUAAGAAGAAAAUGGCAGCAGCAGCAGCAGCGACAAUUACCUCCGGCGGUGUCAAUUUUAGAGUUGGAGGAAAGUCGCAACCGCAAUCACCGCCGUGUACUUCCUCUUCAAAAUUGAUCUUUUCAUCGUCAACCGGGAAUCUGUGUUGUUCUAACAAUUGUUGUCUCUCUCUCCGUUCUUCUCGUCAAGGAGCCUUAAUAUCUACUCGUGUGGUUCCCAAUCCGACUAUGGUAAUAGCAGCAGCUAAACCAGAGCCUCUCAAGAUUAUGAUUUCAGGAGCUCCUGCUUCCGGUAAAGGUACUCAGUGCGAGCUCAUUACUAAGAAAUAUGGUUUGGUGCAUAUUGCUGCUGGAGAUCUAUUGAGAAUGGAAAUUGCUUCAGGGAGUGAAAAUGGGAAGCGAGCGAAGGAAUAUAUGGAGAAGGGGCAAUUGGUCCCAAAUGAAAUAGUUGUCAUGAUGGUGAAGGAGCGCCUGCUGCAACCAGAUGCUCAAGAAAAUGGUUGGCUUUUGGAUGGAUACCCUAGGAGUUUGUCACAGGCUACUGCUUUCAUGGAACUUAACUUUCAGCCUGAUCUUUUCAUUCUCCUAGAAGUCGAUGAAGAGAUUCUUGUUGAGAGGGUGGUUGGACGUAGAUUAGACCCUGUUACUGGAAGGAUAUAUCACUUGAAGUAUUCUCCUCCUGAGACCGAAGAAGUUGCUGCUAGGCUUACCCAACGUUUUGAUGAUACUGAAGAAAAGGUGAAGUUGCGAUUGCAAACUCAUCACGAAAACGUUGAGGCAGUACUCUCAAUAUAUGAAGACAUUACAUUAAAGCUCAUGGGCUCUGAAGGUUUCUUUAGUAUCUAUGCUCGUGUUGUUGCACAGACUGUGUCAUUUCUCGAGUCCAUAGGUCAAUGGAAACAUUUCAAAGGAGCAAGUGUUUGCACAAAUUGACAACGCUCUCACAAAAUUACAUGAGGAUAGGAAGGCAGUAUCAGAACCUCUGGCUGCAUAAUUGAGGAAGGAGAAGAAGAAGAAGACUAGGUGGAAGAUUGCAUAGAGACAGGAAAAAAUAGCCUGGGUCGUCAAUUCUCACUACACAGAGGUGUGUUCCUUGACUUAAUGUGAUAUCUUUUAUAUUAAAUGCUGUGCUAUAUUAUCAGGUUUCUUAGAAAUUACCAGUCCUUGUACAAAUUUUGGUAUUACUGUCAUCAUUAUUCUUUGAAAUGUAUCUUGUGGGCAUUUAAUCACGUUUGUAAUAAAUACAAAUAAAGAAAUGCACAAUUCUGAGGCUUUUCUUAA